GUACUUUUAGUCCGUUUAUUAAUAGUGUGAUCAACAAUCAUGUUUGGUAGUUUGCGUAAUAAGUUUCAAACAGUGCAGGAAGGUAUCUCAGCUAGUAUCAGAGGAUUAAGUAUUAAUGAAAAUCCGAAACAUAAAAAGUCUACUAAUGUGCGAAACGUUAAUUACCAUGCUGGAGCAGAUAUCUUACAUAGGUAUCAGUUACAAUGGAAUGAAUUACAUGAGCUAGCAGAAGAAAAUGCUGAAAAAGCACAAGGGGCAGAUAAACUAAUAGGAACUAUUUAUGAACGACUUGAGCAAGAGUGGAAAAACAUUACAUGUCUAAAUAGCACUUUAGCUUAUAUUCCAAAAAUUAACAACGCAAUCCAAGAUUUGAUGGACCAAAUAGGAACAUUACAAGAAAUGUUUGAGGAAGUAGAGGGAGCUAUUUAUCAAUUGGAAGAUUUAAAUGAAAUAUUGGAUUUACAAAGUAGACAACUGGAUCAUAGAUUUCAGUUAGCUCUAUAUGAAGAAAAAAAACUUACAGAAUUGAAUAUAGUUAAAGCAAAGUUGGCCAAUGAGCAUAUUGAGAGAGUAUCACAAUACGAACAAAAGCAACAGAAGAUGCUGAAAGAAAGACAGGAAACAUUUGAUGAAGUUUUUAAAGAACAACUUGAAGAAUAUAAGGCCACAGGAUCUAUAUGUAAAUUGCCAGUGACACAGCAGGGGCCUUCUUUAGAUGAAAUAGACUUGGAUGUAGAUCCAACAACAUUCAAUGAAUUCCUAGAAAAAUAG